GGAUGAGUGGUGUUGUGUUUUUUGUGGCAUAUUUAAGCCCGGUACAAGAAACGAGAAGCAGAAAGAAGCCUGUCUAUCUCUCGGGCCAAAAAAGUGCUUGUAGUAGAAUGAUAAAGAGUCACAGUAUCGGAUCUGUGUUUUCGCUGCAUCAUUGGUAGUCUCGUCAUCUCAUGAUCACAGGCUAUGAUGGUUGGCAGUUGGCACUUCGUGCCUUAUCUAUGUUGACACACAGGCUGAGUCCAGUGAGCCGCUUUUUACUCACUAUGCCUACUCUGCAAUAACCUAGUUUUUACAUUCAUUGCAUACUUAACUGAAACGGACCUGGAUCAUAGACAUUAUAGAUGUUCAAGAGAUGUGGUGGCUAAUGUGUGGGCGGCUAGCGCAAGCUUUUCUCACCUCAAGAGAGGGGGCGUGGCCCCACGCUUGUGGGCGUGUUAUCACUUGAUAUUAAUUGACUGUACAAUCUCUUGUAGUACCUCGAAGUGAUAUGUAUCAUAUUAUGUUGCUCGCUUUAGUUUUUGGACUCUGCUUAUUAUGUUCAGAAGGAGCAGAACUUCUUGAGUCGCCCGAGUCAAAAACUGUUCAGUUCAAUGAAAGACCAACGUUUGUUUGCGUAGGAAAUGGCAGCAACCUUGUCUGGAUAAUAGAUGGAAAAGGAUUAUACUCAAAUAAUCAGUUUAAAGGUGUCACAUUCACAGAUGCUGGUGGUGGAAGUACCGUCUCUCGUUUACUAUCCUCAAAUCUAACUAUAAAUGUUACUGAGUUGGAAAUUAGUUAUGAUAUGAUCAGUCAAGGGAUUGGGAUCUCUUGCCAAAUUGUGUCACAGAGCCCUUUUGACGAAGCAUUCUCUAAGACUGCUACAUUGUCAGUAACAGGGAUAUCACCACCUCAGAAUAUCUCAUUGUCUAUUGAUUGGAUAUUGACAUGGUCAAGCCAGUUUUAUCGUCCAAGAAAUGCGCUUUUAAACAAUCAAACUUUUGAUGUUACUGUGAAUGGAAAAGUGAUUGUGGCAAAUACAACUAGUACCAGUAUUCAGCUUCGUCCAUUCUGUACUAGGCCAACAGAAGUCAAUAUAACUGCCUACAUUGGUUCAUACCAUUCAUCAACCAGUGUCCUUUUUGAGAAUGUGAUUGGAGAAAGGACUAUCAAAAUUAUCAAUUACACUACUUUGGUGAAUGGUGCAGAAUGUAGUAUCACUUUGAAUAUUUUGGUCGACACACAACACUGUGACACACUUGUGUCUGGUCAACUCCUAACAAGUGAAGGAGAUGUGAAGAACUACCCUCCUCAGUCGAUAAAUCCCAGCAACGGGAUUGUAUCUACAUCUUAUAAUAUGACUGGGUUACAGAAUUGCCUGUCAUAUGAUGCUCGUAUAAACGUAUCGAACACUUCUAAUUUUACUGAAGACACAGCUAACAUUGCAAUUGAGCCUUUAUAUAGUGACGUAAAGGAUAUUGAAAUUAAUAAAAAUGAGGAUAGAUCAAUUAAUGCUCAGUGUAUUUAUUCAGAUAUGUCAACUGCUAUGGGAUGUCACGUGAUGUUUACACACACUACAACUGGAAUUAGUCAAUCCUUUAAUAUAAUAGGAUCAGAUGAUAAAACAAUAAACCUAUCAUCCAGUGGAGUAUAUGCUAUAGCUAUUUAUAGCAUCAACGCUGAUGGAAGUAUUGCUCGAUGCACUUGUGUACAACCCAAACAAGUUAAUGUGACUCUUGUAACUAGUGCCACUUCCUCCAAUGGAGGUAGUAGUACUGUCAGCUCUGUCUCUUCCUCUACUGGAAGUCCAAUACCAUCACCAUCUGUUACUGUUGAAACUGAAAGUGAAAGUACAUCAGAAGUAGUAUCACCACCAACACAUUCAACAACCUCUACAUUCAGCAGUAACAAACCAACUGGAACUACAAAAGAUACUGGUGCAUAUAUUAUUGGUGGUGGUACUACUGCUGCUAUUAUAACAUUGAUCAUUGCUAUAUUUGUGGUCCUUGCUGUACUUUAUCUUUAUUACAAACAAAAAAGAAAGUCCGAAGAAGACCCUUCAGUUGACACUGGAAUAGAAUUAGACUCUAUACGGUUGGAACAAAUCACACGAAAAACUAAUGUUUCAUUGGAAGAUAAAGUAGAUCAAAAGGAUCCAGCCAUACGAUCUGAGGAUGAUAGUAACGGUACAACUCGUGAUCCUAUUGUGUCGCCUGACGCUCCAAGACCUGUUUCCAAGAAAGUUCCUGUGUUUCACAGUCAUUAUGAUAAAAAGCCUGUGGAAGGUGAUUUUACAGCAGCACCAUCUUCCCCUUCAUGUAAUGAUGGACCACUUACUGUUGUACCUAAUCAUGACACAAAUUGUCCUAAGAUAUUGAAUGAUGAAACUGGAGUUAGAUCUACAUUUAUUAUUAAUAAUGUGGAUUCAAAUGAACAACUGAAGAAUUUAAAGGAAUCUCCCAACUAAGACAUAUUAGCAAUCUGUGUUUACUGUUUGCUUUGUGUAUAAAUAUAAUAAUUACUAAAUUUUAUUUAUUUUCUGUCAUUAGUGUAUUAUUAUUGCAUAGCUAUGAUCAAAACUAAACUAGUGUUAUUUUAUUUACAGAAGUUUGUGAUGCUUUAUUUUAGUUGUGGUUAUUUGUCUCGUGUUCUCUUUUUCCCAUUAGUUUUAGUUAUAUAA